AUGACGGGCAGAGUAAUGAAUGGACGGGUGCCACUAGCUGAAAAAGCCUUAUCUGAGAGCUAUGCCAGGCUUCGUUACAGGGACACUUCGUUGCUCAUCUGGCAGCAGCAGCAGCAGAAGUUGGAGUCUGUCCCACCUGGUACAUACUUGAGUAGAAGCCGGAGUAUGUGGUACUCGCAGUAUGGUAAUGAGGCCAUCCUGGUACGGGACAAAAACACACUGGAUGUCUCCAGAGACACUGGGCAAUCAAAGUUUUGCAUUAUUAUGUAA